AUGGCGGGGCGGGGGGGGAAGACUCCAUGGCCGGCGAUCGCUGUCGGAGGAAGCUCACGCGUGAAUGAUGCGUUCGUACAUGAGAAGAGCUCGCCGCGAGCCUUCGACGGGUAGCCAUCUGGCUGUAUGGAUCGCUUUCAUACGGGAGACGGAGGCGUAUCCUACAAUCUCUUACAUGGGAAAAAUAAUGCAACAAUUCACCGGUACGAUGACGUUCAGCCAAAUCUUCACCUUAUUAUCUCGCGUUUACAAAAGUCAAAAGCUUCCUGAUCGUAUGAUUAUGGGUUUCCUUGAGAAACGAUAUGAUUUCUACGGACGAAGAUGUGUUAACCAACGACCUCUUUAAUGAGAAAAAUGAUUCACGGCGAUAUGAUUAAUGGGUUCCUAUAAAUCACUGAUUUCUGGGGCAGCUUUACGACCAUCUUGAUGAGAUUGAGAAAAAUAAUUCACGAGUACGAUGAGAUUCACCAUAAAAUUAGGCUGAUUUUCUCACCGUUUAUAUAGUCCUCGGGGUAUUGAGAUCAUCUUCACGUGAGGCGGAAAAUUAUACGAAAACCGAAUUGAGAAAACUCAGAAGAUAUUUAGUUACGGUGACUAAAUAAUGGAAUAAAUGAGGGCAUAGAAUGGAAAACUCAGGAGACGAAGUGUUCCAAAGAGAAACCAAUUCUGCUCCAAUCAAUCCCUUUCGAACUUUACUUAGUCUUUACGUAGGAUAUAUUUUAAUGUGGCACAUGAGAUGAGCGUUUGCUUCUGCAGCCAUCUUUUGGGGAUGGAAAUUCUCGUUUAAACUAAUCACUGGAAUCUGUACUUUGUAAAUAGGCAUUAUAUUAAACACUUGAUAGUUAGAAAAUGCGAGAAAAAUAUAAAUGAAUAUUCAAAAUAACGAAGCAGUUGGGUAGGAAUUAUCUCCUCAACAAAAGGGUUUAUUUCUCUCUUACGUUUCAACAUAAAUUGGGCAACCUUUCGAUUCUUGUCACUUUAAUUCAAACAAUUCAGUAAAAAAAAUAAUUAGGGUUAUAUAUUCAAUUUUGAUUAAAAUUAGUAUCGUCGAUGCCUCAAUGGGUCCGAUUAAUCUCUUCUUACUUCCAACCUGGGAGAUAAAUACUGAAGAUGAGGUCAACUCAGAGAGGGCCGACCCGGUUGACUCCGCAACAAUCUUGGAACGAUCUCUUUUCGUGAUGUCUUGCGGCUACAUAACGUUCGAUUCUCAACGGCCGGUGUCAAGAAGGCCUUUGAGACGCCAAGAACUACCUGUGAUUGCACUGUCUAUAGCUCUAUUCAUGGUAGAAACCAUUAGAUUAUGAGGGAUGAAUGAUAGAAAAUCCCCAGGUAACGUUGCAGAUGGCUUCAUCGGCCGUCCACAAGGAUCAGGAGAGAGGGUAUGAUUGAGAAUUCCAUAAUCUUGCAAGCCCAUGAAGAUAUUUUGAAUCAAAUCAACUCCCUGGUCCGAUUCUUGUGGGUCAGUCAAUUCCCCUCCCUUUAAUGGAAAUAUCAAGCUCGACGAGGAUUGAGUUCUUCCCAGACUUACCCGUUAUGGGCAUCCCCAUAACUUUCUUUUUGUCGGCGAUUGAGUUGGCGAAGACACGUUGGUGGUAGGAACGAAGAAACGACGGAGAUGGGAACAGCGGCUUAAGCGAUAAGGUGGGGAGAUUCUAGGUCUUCCUAGUUGACCCGGAUGGGUUGGGGCGCAGCAGUUGACUAGACAUGUUGUGGGUAAGACACUGUUUCGGUGCAGGUUGGGAGAAUCUGACUGGCCCAAGGAUGACGGAGGUCAAAGGUGGGGAAGUCACGAUCUUAAUCCUGAAGAACAACAUGAAUUGGGAGUUUUUUGUUUAAAAAUUGCUUCAGAAAAUCGAAAAUUUCGCACAAAAAUUACGGAUGGAUCGUUGCUCGACGCUGAAAUGGUCCUCGAAGUCGUUAGCGGUAGAUGUACUGGAUGUCGGCAUUUUCUCUCAGCCAUUCCAGAACCUUUGCUCCCUCUAGGAUUUCCUGCACCUGAAAUAUUUAACGGGAAAAUAACAAGAUAUUUUAUCAUUCAAAAUAAUAAAUAAAUAAAAUAAAAAUUUAAGGGUUUUUUUCGAUCAACAGACCCAGGAAAAUUUCAUUUAUCACUAAUUCUAGAGAAAUAAAAAAAUCAGAACGGAAUAGAGGUCCAAACCUGUUGCUUGACGCGCUCCUCAUCGUAUUCUUGGUUGUGCCGUUUGAAUUCUGCCACGGAGUUCUCAACUUCCUUCACCAGAUCCUCCGUUGAAAGCUGCAACGAAGGUUUGGGGGAGGGGGUCAGUUGACCUGUGGUGGUGUUCAUAUACUUCAACCGUUGACAUUCUGUUUUUUCAGUUCUGCGGCUGAUGAGACAUUCGGCACAUAUAUAUUUUCAUAUAAAUAUGUCAAGACAUAAAGAGCCUAGGAUAUAAUCUGGGGAUCAUAUAGAUUGGGGAAAUUCACAAAAUGA